AUGAAGAAAGCAUUCUCCUCGCGGCGAGUGCCUCGCAAAAUCGGCGAAGAUGAUGAUGCGUCAGCACCAGGAAGCGCAGGCGCGGGAAAUAGCGAUGCGACCACAGAACCUAUACUGAAACGACCGAACGCGAAGCCGCGAAAAGGCUCGUCUUUGCGAACAAGACUUGGUCCAACGGCAGUGGAGGAUGAAGAGCCAGAGUCUGGAGGUGUGGUUGCGCCGAGACGAUCGAACCUGUCGCGGAUAGCAGUACAAAGGAAUGCAUCGAAGCGAUCAGCUUUUCCUGCAUCGACACUACGGGACAUAGAGGCCGACGAGGACGAUGACCGGCCAUCGUACAGCGCGGAGUCGCUGCAGGCAUUGAAGAACUCUACACCCACUACACCCCAUGAUAUUCCGACAGGUGCGAGCAAUACGGAUAUCGAAGAUGUCUCGAGCGAAACACAAGACCUGGACCUGUCGUCCAAAUUUGGAUCUUCGCUCGCAAGGUAUCAGCAAGGACAGCGAUCCGGAGUGAUACCUUCCGCUGGUGAGAUCGCCGAGAAGAAAGCUCGCAGAGCACGAAUGGCAAAGGAGCAGGCAGCAGAAGAAUACAUAUCACUGAACCCAUCGGAUCCUGAGCUGGACGAGGAUGAGGAUGAGAAUGUCAUGCGGGACGAGACUGGACGGCUGGUGUUGAAGCCCAAGGACAAGUACCAACAGGGCGAAAGCAGGCUCGUGCGGGAUGAUGAGGACAUCAUGGAGAACUUCGACGAAUUCACGGAGGCAGACGGCAAGAUUAUGCUUGGUCGCAAGGCGGAGGCGGAGGCAGCACGAAAGCGCAAGCAGGAUAUGGCAGCACAGAUAGCAGCCGCUGAAGGCGACUCCGGCUCGGAGUCGGAUGCCAGUGAGAAAGAACGGAAUGAAGCUUUCGAAGCGGCGCAGACGAGGCAUGGCACCUAUGGUGCUCAUGAUACCGCCGACAACGAGGCAGAUACCAGGCCCAGAACACCACCCAUCAUCACGCCUCUGCCGACCCUUGACGGCGUCAUUGAGCAGUUACGGAAGCAAGUGGUAGACAUGCAAACUUCUCGCAUGCAAAAGAUGCAGGAGAUGGAUGCCUUGCAGCGUGAGAAAGUCCGUCUUGGUGAAGAAGAGGUUCGAAUUCAGAAGGCACUUCGUGAGACUGCCGAGAAGUUCGCUGCUCUGCGAGCAGAGAAAGGCAUCGCUGCAGCUUCGGAGACCGAGCCAAUGCCAGCUUUGCUCGGUAUGCCGCCAGCAGCUGGCCUCGCAGACCUCGGUUCCGGUGAAGGUGAGAGCGGUGCAACGACCGAUAACGAGCAACAGCCGGCUGGGAGGCAAGGUCUGGGUUUUGGUGUAGCUAGUCAUGGCCUUGACGGUCUCGGCUCCUCUGUUGUAAGCACCCCCAUGCAGCAAGAUGGUGUGGGAGAUGGCGGUGAGGACUUGGAUGAGAUGAACACUACUUGA